AAAUCUGAUUCUACCUUUUUUAUUUUUCGUUCUCAAAAGUCGCGGCUUUGAAUUGUUUUUUCUUUCUUCGUCUUCUCAAUCUCAGUUUUCUAGUUGACUCAUUUCAAGAUCUCGCAUAUGUCAUUCCCUUUAUAAAAAAGCUUUUCUUCUUUCUUUUUAUUUAUCCCCUUUUGUUAGGUAGAUUUUGGGUGGCCUUACUUGCUUUUCAGCAAAAGCUGGAAAUUUCCUUCUCUCUUUUCCUCUUUUCUUCUUGUCUUUUAGUCUUUGGGGAUCUGCGCAUUUCAGAGAUUAUAUGGGAAAUGGGGCUCUCGAAAGAUGUUGUCACUUGUGAUUAGUUAGAAAUUUUGCUCAAGACGAAGCAAUGUCUGUAGAACACAUGGUGUAGGAUGCAGAGUACUUACUAGCUCAUGAGUUCAUUGUUACUUGGAGGAAUCAAGAUGAUUGAUCAGUUCAUUAACUUUGUAAUUCGGCCUCCUAGGGCUGAGUAUGAUCCUGAUCAAUAUUUGUGGGAGAAGGAUUUUAGCAUCGGUAGCACAAAGUGUAAAAGACAAGACUUGGAGCUUACAAAUUCAAGGGGUCACACCUUGCGUUGCAGUCACUACAUUCCCUCAUCUUCUUUGGAGGAUAAUCCUCUCCCCUGUGUUAUAUACUGCCAUGGUAAUAGUGGAUGUAGGGCAGAUGCAAAUGAGGCAGCUAUGGUUCUUCUCCCAUCUAACAUUACUGUUUUCACACUUGACUUCUCGGGUUCGGGCUUAUCUGAUGGUGAUUAUGUAAGCCUUGGCUGGCAUGAGAAAGAUGAUCUCAAGACUGUGGUUUCUUACCUGAGAAACAGCAAUCAGGUGUCCCGUAUUGGACUUUGGGGACGAUCUAUGGGCGCAGUCACCAGCCUUCUUUAUGGAGCAGAAGAUCCGUCAAUCGCUGGAAUGGUCUUAGACAGUGGAUUCUCAAACUUAUUUGAUCUGAUGAUGGAACUAGUAGAUGUCUACAAGAUCCGACUUCCAAAAUUCACAGUUAAAAUGGCUGUGCAGUACAUGCGGCGAGUAAUUCAGAAAAAAGCGAAGUUUAAUAUCAUGGAUCUCAAUUGUCUUAAGGUUUCACCCAAGACUUUUAUUCCAGCUUUAUUUGGGCAUGCAAGUGGAGACAAAUUCAUCCAACCUCAUCACUCUGACCUCAUUCUCAAGUGCUAUGCGGGAGACAAAAAUAUCAUCAAGUUUGAUGGUGAUCACAACUCUUCACGACCGCAAUUUUAUUAUGAUUCGGUGUUAAUAUUCUUCUACAAUGUUCUACGCCCGCCACAAAUUUCCUCAGCUUGCUCAUCUAAACUUGAAAGUUAUUACAAUUUGGGAGAUAUCGAUAGCUCUGCUGGUUUGGAAGAGAGUUUUCUAUAUGAGAUCAUCUCUGGUCUUCGUUCUGCAUGUAUCGAUGUUGGAAGUUCGUCUUCUGCACCUCCUGCCCCUCUGACCACAAAGCCAACGAAUGAGCUCCUUUCAGAAGCCACCAUGCCCAUUACGGAUAUGGAUGAGGUGCUUGUAGAAGAUAAUGAUCACAACAUGGAUGACCCUGAAAACUUCGAGAGGAAGUUCGCUGAUCAGUUUGAAGAAGGCUGUUCAUUUACAAGCUCUAACAGAGAAAGUUGGGGCAGAUGCUCUUCACUAGGAGGCACUGAAGAAGAUGAGAGCUUGAUCGCUGGCGAGGGUGAUCAGGUCGAGAAAGCUGCUGUUGAAAACGCAGAACAAAAGCCAAGAAACUCUACUAGAGAAGAAGAAGAAGAAGAGAGGAAGGAGAAGAAAAUUGAGAAAGGAGGUGAAACAGAUGCAAAGAAGCCUAGACGCGAGAAACUGGAAAGGUUGGAGGCCUUUAGCAAAAGACUACGGCUUUGCAUCAUAAAACGAGUAAACCAUGGCAGACAUCGUUCGCAACCUUGACAAAAAAAAAAAUCAAGAAAAUACUAUAUUUGUUGUACAUCUUCUCUGUAUCUUGUAAUGUACACUUUCGCCUUGGACUUGGCAAAUUGUAACCACAUGCAGCCAGUUACCAAUUGUCUCCAUCA